AAAUGAUCUUAUUAGCAGUUUUCCCUGAAACCAAACAUAAUUACUCAUCAUGCAUUGAUUGUUAUUUUCGCCAAAGCUCAGCAGCCUUCCUGCUCGCAGCUGCAGCCGUAACAGUCUGUGUCAGGGCUUUUCUCUGUGCCGCUGCUGCAUACUGAUGUCGCGCAUCAGCGGCUAAACCUGACCGCCGUCUCUUCAGUCUUUUAUUCCCAGCUUGAAGGAGCAAAAUGGCACAUGCUGCGCGUUGGUCGGUGGUUGUUUUUGUGUUGUUGUGCUUUUUAGGAGCAGCGGAAUCCAGAAGGAUCGUUAAAUGCCCUUCAGGAUGCACCUGCUCCAAGGAGACUCUCAUUUGCGUCGGGGCUUCUCAGAUCCCCCGGACCAUCCCGACGGAGAUCAACUCACUAAGCGUAGUUAAUGGAUCCGUUGCGGAAAUCACAGAGGGGAUGUUUGCUCUCAUGCCUUCCCUUCAGUUGCUGCUUCUCAACUCUAAUUCUUUGACCGCAAUCAAAGAUGACGCCUUCUCUGGUCUGUCUCAUCUAGAGUAUUUAUUCAUUGAACGAAACAAGAUCGACACAAUCACCAAAAAUGCCUUCAGAGGUCUACGAACCCUCACCCAUCUCUCCCUGGCAAAUAACAAGAUACGGUUUCUGCCAAGAGAUCUGUUCUUCGACUUGGAUUCGUUGCUAGAGCUGGAUCUGCGAGGCAACUCCUUCCAGUGCACUUGUGAGAACAAAUGGCUGAUGAUGUGGCUGAAAAACACAAACGCCUCCGUAUCAGAUGUCUUUUGCGCAGGCCCCAGUGACAUGAAGGGCAAGCGGCUCAAUGACCUCCCUAUUCCACCGGGCGAGUGCAUUUCUACAGAUUUUGUGCGUCAUCAGUCUAUUCCUAUUCAGUCCAUGUCGGCAGACAUUUUUUCAUUUAAAGAGGACAUCUUUGUGGCCUUGGCUGCCCCUAACUCCAACAGCUGUGUGAUCAUGGAGUGGGAUCAUAUCGAAAUGAAUUUCAGAAAAUUUGACAACAUUACAGGUAAAUCUGUUGUCGGAUGCAAGUCCUUUCUGAUAGAAAACCACGUCCUGAUAAUCAUCACUCAGCUCUUUGGAGGCUCCCACAUUUACAAGUUUGAUGAGCAGCAAAACAAGUUCACCAAGUUCCAAACCAUUGAGGUCUUCAACAUCUCAAAGCCAAAUGACAUGGAGGUCUUUCAGAUGGAUGGGAACUGGUAUUUUCUGAUUGUGGACAGUUCCAAGGCAGGCAUGUCUACUCUCUACAAGUGGACUGACCUGCCAGACCGCAACGAGACUGGUUUCUAUUCCUACCAGUUCCUCCAUGAAUGGUUUCGUGAUACAGAUGCUGAGAUUGUUGAGGUGGAUGGGAAGUUCUAUCUAGUUUUAGCAAGCCGCUCCCAGUCACCUGUCAUCUACCUGUGGAACAAAAGCACCCUUAAGUUCAUCCUUCACAGUGACAUCCCAAACGUUGACGAUGUAGUAUCAGUCAAAGCAUUUCGAGUGGAGGGGGAACUGUUUUUGGCCCUAGCUUGCUACAUCGGUGACUCCAAAGUCAUUAAGUGGGUCAAUAAGCAGUUUACUGAGGUGCAGGCACUUCCCUCUAGAGGAGCAAUGAUCCUCCAACCUUUUACCUUUGCAGAUAGACAUUACUUAGCUCUCGGCAGCGAUUACUCGUUCACGCAGAUACACCUGUGGGACACUGAGACGAAAACAUUUCAUAAGUUCAAGGAUAUUUACGUGCAGUCACCCCGUUCGUUUACUGUUGUGACCACUGAUCGCAGGAGUUUCAUCUUCUCCUCCAGCCUGAAGGGAAAAUCCAUGGUCUUUGAGCAUGUGUUUGUAGACCUGAGUCUGUAAAAGACCAAAGAAGAGUCUCUUAAACUGAAAUGGUGUGAACACUUACAAAAGAGUUUUACAUGCUGUAUAACCUUACUUAUGCAAUCAGAUUUAUGGGUUUGUUCACCAUGAAAAUUGUCAGGAUGGUUCUGCAAAUCAGACAAAACUCAAGAGAUUUUGGCAUAAUGGACGAAGCAACAGCAAUCUUGGAAAUUAAGGUGCAUGAAGAUAAUGUUACGGCAAAGCAGAUUCUUAUUAUGGGUUGGCUUUUAUAAUAAUCCUAGCAAACAAAAUAGAGCUGAGCCAGAGAGUGUCAGUUCUGGCAAACAGCCUUUGGAAACUAUGACUUGGCCAAUCAAUUCAGGAUUAUGUAGACAACAUAUUAUUUGUGUAGCACAUGAUUCGUUAUGGGAUCAAAAUCCAACAAAUCCAAUAGUCAAACACAAGACAUUUGAGCUGAUUGUAGUCCAUUACUCAUCAGGGAAGAGAGUUCAGAAACUGUUUAUGUUCAGGUAACAGAAUCACUUCAGAUUUUCCUCUAACUUCACUGAUAUGACUGAAUGUGAGGAUGUUUUUCUUGAUCAAUAACAAACUGAAUGCAGUAGGUAACUCGCACGAGCUUAAGUUUAUAAUCAUAAAAAGCUUUUGCAACCCAGUGCCUGAUUGACAGCAAGAAAUAUAUAUGAUUUGUUGUUAUCUAUGCAAAGUAUAUAAAUAAAAAUAAGAAGUUGAGUGCUGCUAUAACUUCAGAAAUUGUGAGGAAGAAAUUUUCAUUAUUCCUCUAAUGUGUGACCAAUUUCUUUGCUGAAUGGAGAAUUGUUUCUAUAAUUUUCACCUGCUGCACAGAUCUGGCCACACAAAUCAUGCUAUGGUGUAGGACUGACUGUCUGACAGAUGAAAGCUAUAUAAUGUUAACCCCUAUAAGCAAUAUGUUUUUGUAUUAUUGUCCAGAUCUUUGUCUAGGUAACAAAAAAACAACAAAAAAAAAAACAAUAUUUUCCUUCCCACAGCUACUUUAUCUGACUCUGUGGUUAUGUUUAUAUAUUUUUUCCUUUCUACUAACCCUAAAGCAGUCAUUAGAAACUUUAACAUACCUACAACUAGGUUAGUGUAAAAAUGAAUUGAGGAACUGCAUUAAAAAUUGUUUGACCAAACUA